UCGGUAAACAAAACAGACGGAAUUGUCAAAUGCUUUCCUGAAAUCCUCGAAUGCGUGUGAAUUCCAUUGCAAAACACCGGAAUCGGAAGUGCAGAUCGCAAGUUGAUACGUGCAUAUUUAUCAGUCAAAAUUUAUUUAAAAAAGAAGGCUGAGAUUUUAACAACUGUUGAAAUGGAUUUGAAUUUCAAUAAUGCAUUAAAUACUGAACUAUGAAAGCUUUAUAGUUUGAAUUAGAAUGGCUUAUAAGAAAAAUCUAACAGCAAAAUACAGCGACCAGUGCAAGCUGUUAAUACAGUCUAUUACUGGAUUUCAUGAAACAGAUGAAAAUUUUCAAGUUUGUCUUGAUUUUACGCUAUCCAAUUUGCUGUAUCAUACAUAUCCAGAUGUGAACUGUUUUGAAGUGAAGAAGAAGAUCUCAAGAUUACAUGAAAGAUUUCUCAUCACAUCAAGUUCAAAGAAAGCUGAAACUUUUGAAACUGUGACUUCAAAACUUAUUGCCAUUAUUGAAAAGAAAAAUGAUUCAGAGAAAGAAAUCGGUUUUAAAAUUUUAGCUCUUCUCCUUCAUUUAUGGGAAUCAUGCAGAGAAUAUGAUGAACUUGGCAAACCUUCUAGUCUUAAUUUUUCCGAUAAUGGAGAAGAAUCUUUAAGUUUUGAUUGGUCUGCAUAUCUUCAUGAAGAUGACAUCAAUCUUCAGCCUUUCUCUGAUGCUAGUUCUGAAUUUUCCCAGUCAGAUGAGUCUACAACUGAUUCUCCAUCUAAUGAAGACUCAUUGGACAGUCUUCCUGACCCUCUUCUGCGACCACCCACCAGGGAUGAUUCAGGGUUGGGCAUCAGUCCUGACAGUUGCUCUGGAACAUCCCAGCAUUUUCAUGUGCCUGGAUCUUCUCAAGAAUAUCUUCUUGUUCCUUCUAAGCGGGAGAAACACCAUCUGACCUUUUAUCCUUAUUGGAUUCCUAAAUAUCAGAAGAGUAAUGGAUCUUGUCCCUAUAAUUUAUUGACAAUGAACUUCACUAAAAUAUGGAAUGAUCACAUAGCUAGUCAAAAUCUAUUGUCUAUAGUUGAGAAGAAAUCAGUACUACAUGAAAGGAAUGUCAUCAAAGAAAUUCUGUGGAUGCUAUGUGGUGUAAAGGAAUUAUUUAUUGCUCGCUGGGAUGGCAGAAAAUUUAUACCAUAUUCACAGAUACAUCUCACCAAUUUGACUUCAAAUACGCUAUAUAUUGCUUUGAGUGAAUUCUGUUACUAUGCUACAAAACAGAUGCUGCUUAAAGACUUUUUAUAUAAGGAUUUAUUGGAUGCUUCCCAACACUGUCAUACUUAUCAAGCAUAUGCUCAUUCUUUAUUAGAAGAAUUGCAAAAAAUUCAAAAUUUAGUGAGUCAUUUUGAUGAGAAAUUAAGAAAAGGAAAUGAAGUUUUUACAUUGCUAUCCCUCAAGCACAAAAUGCAGCCACUUUUUAAUGAAAUUGACCUUUUAUAUAACAUUCAUAUGGAAAUGACAUCUUCGACUCGUGAUGUUCAAGAACCUUUCCUCAAAGCUUGCACAGUACUGAAUAUUUUAUGGAAGCUUCUUUAUCACAGUAGUUUACUGGAAAAAACAUCUCUUUCGCUAAAAAUUGUGUUAAAAAUUUUUCUGAAGACUUGCAAGCCAUACUUCACUUUCUUAGAAGAAUUAAUGAUUCUUGGUUCAUUUAAAGAUCCUUAUGAAGAAUUUCUAGUCAAAAGAGAAGAUAAGCAACCUACUGAGGAAACAUUUUGGGAGUCUGGUUACAGCUUACGAUCUUUGCCUCGUGAUCUUGAAGAAGAAUUUUUCUUAAAAUCAUUUGUAACAGAUAUUUUGUGUGCUGGAAAGUCCCUUGAGAUUUUUAAUAUAAUCAACUUUUUAAAUAAUAAGGAGCCCUUUCAAGUUCAUGUUGUUAAAGGUGCUAUGUACUCAAAAUUCAUCCAUAUCUUAUGCAAGUUAAUUUGCAAAGAAAAACAAAGUCUUCCUUUGAAAACAGAUGCCAAUUUAACUGAGAUGGGAAAAGUAAAAGUUAAAGAACCAGUGUUAGAAGAAACCAUAUUUCAUUUGAGCAGUAGCUUUGCAAAAUUUUUUCAACCUAGUGUCAAUCCAGCUCAUCGAUGCGUAUCUCAAAGAAUUCCAGAAUCCUUGUAUCCCAAGCAACUAGAAGACACACUCAGGAUUUUGGAGAGUUUGGAACCUACACGAUUAACCCUUCUUUCCAAUAGCAUUAUGAAGGCAUUCACUACUUGUAUGGAAUUUGCUUACUAUCCAGUUUGUCACAGGUUAAUAAAAUCCUUGAAAAAUGAUCACUGUAUCAUUGCACAUCUUAAUGUUAUGCAGAAGUAUUUUUUGAUGGAAGCUGGCGAUUUAAUGUAUAGUUUCUAUUCUGAAAUUUUCCAAAAGAUUUUUUAUAAAGAAGCUUGGACAGAUAGUUCUUUUCUAUAUAGUGCUUUGAAGAAUGCAAUUUUUGUAGAUAAGGAGAACUCUGAAAAAUUGCAUAUAUUCUUAGAUACAGAAAAUCGUGACAUCAAUUUUCGUCAGUCUCUAACUCGACUGAGUGCUUUGAAACUUUCGUAUGAGGUGGAUUGGCCUGUCAGCAUAAUGCUAGGACCUAAAGUACAGACUGAAUAUUGCCAAAUUUUCUCUUUCUUGCUUCAAAUCAAAUGUGCCAAAUAUCUACUUGACAAUCUUUAUUGUACUAGUCUAUAUGAAAUUGAACCAGAAGCAGAGACUCAUUUAAGGAAAGCACUCUUAAAAACAAAAUUUCCCCGUGAACAGAAAGCCCAUGGGAUGUAUAUACUUCGUAUGCGAUUCAUGUUUUUUGUGAAUGGCUUACAUAACUACAUCAUGACAAGGAUUUUGCAUAGUUUUGGAUUUGAAUUCAUGGAAGCCUUAGAAAGUUCUCGAACAGUGGAUGAGAUGAUAGUUGCUCAUACUCGCUAUUUGAAAUCUCUGCAGGAACGUUGCCUUUUAGAUCGUCGCAUAGCCUUUUUAAAGGAACAGAUUGUUCAGGUGUUACAUCUCUGCCACACUUUCCAGGAAAUAUGGAUGAAAGGGAUAGAUGAAAUAAGUCUUGACGAACUGCAAGAGCUUGAAGAUAAAUUUAGCAAGUAUAGCAAUUUUCUUCUUUGUUGCUUUAAUACACCUUUAAGGCGAGGAACAUAUCUUCAUGUGGAAAGUUUAGUCAGUACAAUGCUGUCCAGCACCCAUUCCUUUCAUAUCUUCAGUACCAUGACUUGACAUCUGCUUCCUGGAAAGACUGUAAUUUCAUUUUGGAAGUGCUGAAGAAUUUUUCCCUCUAUGGACUCAAACUAAAUGCACUAUGUCUCUGAAAAAUACAUGAUAUGUCAAUAAGGAAACAUAAAGUACUUCCAGUCUCGCUUUUUGUAUUUUAAAAUUACUGCUGUUGUGAACAUUAAGAAAAAAGAAAUUUAGAAAAUGGAUUGUGUUUCCUUUUGGUCAUCUGUUUUUAUCUUCAUCUAAGCCAAUUAAAUGAUUCUGAAAUGUAAAAGUUACUAUGAUGCCAGUUAUCAAAAUUGUAAAUCUCUUUAAUAUUUUUUUAAUCAUUUCAAGAAGAAUGGGAUUUUUAUAUCAUUGAAAUUCAAGCAAGAGAAUUUUCUUGUCAUGUUUUGAAACCAAAGUAUUAGGUCAUUAAGUUUUGGGAGAAUCUUUUUACAAACUGAUACAUUACUUACAUUUAUAAUUUUGUGUAGCAUUUUAACUUUUGAAAGGAAAAAAAAGUAUAUCUUGUUUAUCUAUUUUUCUCUUUGUUAUCUACUUGUUUUGGUUUUUCCAUAAAUCAUGGUUACCAUCUGUUUUUAAUUUCUACUUACAGAUUAGUCUUCUUAUUUUGCAGUACCUCCAACUGUUAAAUCCACCCCAAUGUUAAUCAUCCCUCCAUGCAUUUUUAAAAAAUAAUAUCUUAUCUUUUGGUUAUAUAAAAUUCGAAUGACUUGACUUAAUUGAAUAGCAUUAAUAAGAUUUAUUUUUAAUUUUAUAAUUUCUUUCAUCUUUAUUAGAUUAUUUAAGAUGAUACUUAUGAUCAUUAUAAAAACAGUUUUUCAUGUCUGCUUUUACAUGCAUUUUUAAUGAAAAUUGUUAAAACAAGAAGCUUUGAGAAGAUUCAAAAAAUUUUUGAAAGAAAAAACAACGGAAAAAAUAAAGAAAAGGAUUAAAUGAAAAUUGUUUGAUAAAUUAAUCGUAAAACAAGAUAGAGAAUGUAUAAUUCUGCAUGUAAUUGGUGAUGGAUAGUAGCUUAUUUUCCCUCGUGAUCAAGAUCACUUGUAUGCUUCCUUAACUAAUCUACUGCAUUUCCCAGGAGAUCAGGUAACACAAAUUGGAUAAUUCUGAUUUAGAUCAUGGUUUCUUAAAUUUUUGUGUUCAUUUAUUUAUUGAAAUUUCAGAAAAGUCUUUUUUUUUUUCCUUGUCUCCAGAAUUCAAAAAGAAAGGAAAAAGAUUAUUGAUACAUUAAGAAACAUUUGAUAACAAAUUCUAUUGUAAAUAGUUAUGGCAUAGUUUUUAUAUAGAUUUUUUUAAGUAACAAACGAUAUUUGCUUACAAUUAUUAAAGAUUCUCAUGGUUAAAGGCAUUUUAAAGAAUUUCCAAUAUUUCUGUGCACUACUCACAAUUUUAGCAGUUAUUAUCUAAAUCCACAAAGAACUCAUUUGACUUUAUAAGAAUUUUGUUUAAAACUUUUCAUUAUUUCAUUAACAAAAUUAGAAUCUAAGAAAGGAAUAAUGGGGCAAAAAAGUUGAGCUAUCCCCUUAGUUUUAGAAAUUUAUUUUAUUUUCAAUAGAAAGGUGGGUUUUGUGAUUUUGAUUUUUUUUUAAAUGUUAAUUAAAUGUGUCUAUAUUUGAGAAGUGAAAGAAUUCUCUACUUUUCUUUAAAAUAAUUUAAUCUGUAUUUUGUUAAUUCCAUAACUGAAAACAAAUUUUUUUAAACCCCUUCCUUUAUUCUUCUACUAUAAACAAAUUUUGGUAUAAUAGGUUUAUGAGAUGAAGGGAAAUUAGCUUUGUUCUAUUAUUUUAUCACAGAUAGCAAAUUUAACCCGUCUGAUUGCAAAAAAAAGUAUUAAUGAAUUGUUAUCAUUAAAAAUAAUUUUCAGAAUUGUGCUUGCUUAAACUGACAAAUGCAAAUUUCCUGUUAUCCAUAAUUAAUGCUUGGGAUGCUGCUUAGAAGUUCCAAUGUUUAAGAAGACUUGAGUUAUAUUAAUGUUAGAAUCUAUAAUUUUUUUAUGUUUCAAAUCUUUAAUAUGCAUUAUAGAUGUAGUUUAUUUGAAGAAAUAUUAUCUCUUUCAGGAAAUAUUGUUAUUUAAAUGGAUAGAAGAAUAUAAACUGUUAUGAAAUGGUUUAUAUUUUACAGUGUGAAGUUUUGAAAUGGUUGUCAUUCCUAUUUUAGGAUUUUUUUUUUUUUCAACAAUAGUCAAAAGCAUUUAGCAAUUAUUAUUUGAUUUUGUAGGCUUCUAUACAAAGUAAGUUUUUAUGUUGUGCACCUCUUUGAUAUUUCAAACAAUAUAUAUAUAUAUAACUUAGACAUUUUUUUAGAAUUUUUAAGAAAACAAGUGAAAUUUCAUGAUCCAUUAUCCU